AUGCUGAGGCUGAGUACGGAAAUGCCGACAACCGUCGGGUUUUCGACUUGGCCUCCAACGCCGCCACUUCCCCCGCUGGCUCGAGCUCCACCAUCGGAUCCGGGCGACCAUCCCCAGCACCUGCGCCGUCAGACCCACAACCUCAACAGUCUAUCGCGAGAGUUCGAGUCUGCGGAUACCGAGUUAAUUGUGCUUCAGCAAAACGAUUGCGUGAAAUUUCCCACUUCGAAAAUUAUGAGCCGACGUCUUCAUUUGAACGAGGAAGCGUCGAGCUCUAUGAUGAACUAUGAAAUUGAAAGUCACUAUGAUGACUACUUCUAUGGUUACCAAACGAAUACUUCUUCCGAUCACCAAAACGACUUAUCAACGUCGUCAAUCGACAAUUUUACGCCUGAUCUCCAGGAGAUGGACGCGUUAAUGAGCUGCGAUAUACGCUCGCUCGAUGAGUUUAUUCAUGACGACAAGUCCGACUCCACUUAUCUCAAUGAUGUCUCGGAUAGCAGUAGCAGCCAGUUCAGCCCCGAUUCUGAUGCGGAUCUAAUUGGAGAGUUCUUCCCACAAUAUUCACAUCAGAAUAAAAGUCCGUCAUCAUCAUCGCGAAAAUUUUCGACAUGUUCUUCAUCCGAUGCCUCGGAUUACCGCCUAAAGCGUGAUAAAAACAAUAUUUCGUCUCAAAAAUCUCGUGCCAAACGACAAGCUGUUAUUCAAGCGCUGCGCGAAGAGAAAGAAAUACUUGAGCGAAAGAAGGUUGAGCUUACUACAUUGGUGGGAACUCUUGAGGCGCAAGUUGAGGAUUAUAAACGAAUGGUGAUGAUGUUUGUUAAAGAAUAA